AUGCCAGCUUACAACUCCACGUUCGCUGCGGACUCCCAAAAUGAUCGCAUGGUCGGAAACGUGGUACUGCUGCCCCUAAAGACGAAUUUUCGGGGACCAGCAUACCAGGCAAAUUCGGAUUAUGAUAUUAUCGAUGAGUGUCUGGACCUUUUCAGAGCCAAUUCCUUUUUCAAAAACUUUGAAAUUCGAUCACCGGCGGACCGCAUUUUGAUCUACGGUAUUCUAUUCGUUAACGAAUGUCUAUCACAACUAAGACCUACCACAUCCUACAAUGAAGCCCUAAAAUUGCUCACAAAUGUGGCGCUAGACGAUUUUGCGGUCCCAGGUACGCCUGGUUUUCCCAUGAAUAACGUGUACACCGUGCCAGUUCAAAAUCACGCCGAUAUGGAUCUGCUCAAAUCAUACAUCCAGCAGUUCCGUCAGGAGCUUGGAACACGUUUGCUCGAAAGACUAUACGUGGAUUCCAAGGAGAGGCCCUCCAAGUUCUGGCUUGCCUUCACUAGAAGACGCUUCAUGAACAAGUCUUUGUAA